AUGGAAGAAAACACUAUCUUGUUAAAGCAGAUGCGUCGUGAUUCUCAAUCUAAUUCGAAAGAAACAAUUGAAAACUUGACAAACAAAGUAUCCAAACUUAAAUACGAACUUUGUCAAUCUAAAAAGUUUAUUUGCAAACUCCAAAAACAAAUUGAAGAUUUCCGAAAGAAACAUCGUGACUGUCAUGAAGAAAGCACAACUUAUCAUCACAAAUCAUCUAAAAGUACCAAAGAAAACCAAGAUUAUAAAGAACAUAUUUCAUACAAAAAACAUAAAAAUGUUCAUAUUCUUGACUCAUCAUCAUGUUAUUCAUCCAAUUCAUUUGAAUUCGAGAGUAACUCUAAUGUAAGUGAUUUAGAUAAAGAAAUUGAGAAGUUAGAGAAGAAUGUGAAAAUUUCACGAAAGAUCCUUCAAGAAAACACAAAAUUUUCUAAAUGA